UUUGUGAAGUAACUUGCAAAGCACUCAUUGAAUCUGAUUUUACGAUCAACCCUUCUCAUCCCUGUUUCCCAGCCCAACAAUUGCCCAAAGUUCAUCAACCAGAUACAGGACAAUGCCAUAAAAAAUGGGCACGAGCUUCUUCCCCUGUGUGGCAAGAAGGCCACAUAUCAGGGGACUAUUUACGAAAGCAAGGAUCUUUCCGUCUUCGUCUGAUCACAUCGAUGUUGCAGGGAUAAGCGAAGAUAUUUUAACCCAGGGAACCCAGGUGCUCUCUCAGGAACUUCUGUUUGAAACUAACACCCAAUUAAAACAGUUGAUUAAUACAGAUAAUCUAAAUGAUGCCAGGCACAUGUUCGAUAAAAUGCUUCAGAGAGAUGAAAUUUCAUGGACUACUAUGAUGUCCGGCUAUGUCAAUGCAUCCAAUGCCUCCGAAGCAUUGAUUCUUUUCUCACGGAUGUGGGUUGACCCUUCAAUCAAAAUGGACCCGUUCAUUCUCAGUCUUGCACUCAAGGCUUGUGCCCGCAAUAUGGAACUGAAACACGGGAUGCCGAUCCAUGCAUACUGUAUGAAAAGUGGUUUAGUGAACUCUGUCUUUGUGGGAAGUGCCCUUCUGGACAUGUACACCAAAGCUGGAUGCAUUUCAUUAGGUUGUAGAAUCUUUGAUGAAAUGCCUUUAAGAAAUGUGGUGUCGUGGACUGCUAUUAUUACUGGGCUUGUCCGCAAUGGUUACAACAAGGAGGGUCUAUUGUACUUCUCGGAAAUGUGGGUAUCGGAUGUUGAGUAUGAUAGUUACACGUUUGCUAUUGCAUUAAAGGCUUGUGCUGACUCGGGUGCUAUAAGUUAUGGUAGAGCAAUCCACACACAGGCAAUGAAGAUGGGUUUUGAUUCGUGUUCCUUUGUGGCAAAUACUCUGGCUACCAUGUACAAUAAGUGUGGGAAAUUGAAUUAUGGGUUGCGCUUAUUUGAAAGGAUGAGGAUCCGUGAUGUUGUUUCUUGGACAACUAUCAUUGCUACAUAUGUUCAGAUGUGUCAAGAGGAGGAUGCAAUUCAAGCGUUCAUAUGGAUGAGAGAGUCGGAUAUUGAUCCUAAUGAGUUUACCUUUGCUGCAGUUAUUUCGGGCUGUGGAGCUCUUGCAAAUAUAGGGUGGGGUGAACAAUUACAUGCCCAUACUGUAUGCACCGGUCAUAUUAAUUCCUUGUCUGUUGCAAAUGCCAUCAUGACCAUGUAUUCAAAGUGUGGAUGCCUAGCUUCAGCUUCAAGAGUCCUUCACGAGAUGAAGAAAAGAGAUGUAAUUUCUUGGAGUGCAAUUAUUGCAGGUUAUUCUAAUGAAGGACAUGGUGAGGAAGCUUUCGAGCUUUUUUCUUGGAUGAGGAGGGAAGAUCUGAAACCAAACGAGUUCACUCUAGCUAGCUUGUUGAGUGUUUGUGGAAAUAUGGCAAUUCUAGAGCAAGGGAAGCAAGUCCAUGCUCAUGUCCUGUCCAUUGGUGUAGAACUUGAUAUCAUGAUAAAUAGCGCUUUAAUCAAUAUGUAUUCCAAAUGUGGGAGCAUAGAUGAUGCUUCAAGGAUCUUUUAUUCAGCAGGAAAUGAAGAUACUGUCUCGUGGACUGCUAUGAUUAAUGGUUAUGCUGAACAUGGGCACAGCAGAGAAGCUCUCAAUUUGUUUGAGAAGAUGUCAAGGGUUGGGGUUAGGCCAGAUUAUGUUACCUUCAUUGGUGUACUUAGUGCCUGUAGCCACGCUGGACUAGUAGACCUUGGUUUCCAGUACUUCAACUCAAUGAGUAUGGACUACCAGAUUAAUCCUGGGAAAGAACACUAUGGCUGCAUGAUCGAUCUUCUCUGCAGAGCUGGACGGCUAAGCGAUGCAGAGUGCAUGAUUAAAAGCAUGCCAUUUGAACAGGAUGAUGUUGUUUGGUCAACACUGCUCAGGGCAUGCAGGACCCAUGGUGAUUUAGAGUGUGGAAAACGCACAGCGGAGCUCAUUCUUGAAUUGGAUCCUAAUUGUGCAGGGACGCACAUCACGCUAGCUAACAUCUAUGCUUCAACAGGGAAGUGGAGGGAUGCAGCGGAUAUGAGAAAGCUGAUGAAAUCAAAGGGGGUGAUGAAGGAGCCAGGGUUGUCAUGGAUUAAGAUCAAAGACAGAGUGUCUGCCUUUGUGUCUGGUGAUCGCAAACAUCCACAGUGUGAUGAUAUAUAUUCCAUGUUGGAUUUACUUGCAUUGAAGGCAGAACUGGCUGGCUACUCCCUGGAUAGUGGUUGGUUGCUGCAUGAUAUUGAGGAUUAACA